UUCUAGUUCUGUAAACAGAGGGUAUCCACUGCGAAACCUCCGACUUCCGGGUCACGCCUUGACAGUGGCUUUCACCACCCAGCCCUGCCUUGCGAUUCGUUUGGAGCAUGUGAGCAUCCUUGGAGCCUUGAUGAGUUCCAGUAUGUGGUAUAUUAUGCAGAGCAUUCAGAGCAAAUACUCUCUCUCAGAGCGCUUAAUCAGAACAAUUGCUGCCAUCCGUUCCUUCCCACAUGAUAAUGUAGAGGACCUCAUCAGAGGGGGAGCAGAUGUGAACUGUACUCACGGCACACUGAAGCCCCUACACUGUGCCUGUAUGGUGUCUGAUGCUGACUGUGUGGAGUUACUCCUGGAAAAGGGAGCUGAGGUGAAUGCCCUGGAUGGUUAUAACCGAACAGCCCUCCACUAUGCAGCUGAGAAAGAUGAGACUUGUGUGGAGGUCCUGUUGGAGUAUGGUGCAAACCCCAAUGCACUGGAUGGCAACAGAGACACCCCACUUCACUGGGCAGCGUUUAAGAACAAUGCUGAGUGUGUGCGUGCCCUCCUAGAGAGUGGGGCCUCCGUCAAUGCCCUGGAUUACAACAAUGAUACACCUCUCAGCUGGGCUGCCAUGAAGGGAAAUCUUGAGAGCGUCAGCAUCCUUCUCGAUUAUGGUGCGGAGGUCAGGGUCAUCAAUUUAAAAGGCCAAACACCCAUCUCUCGCCUGGUGGCUCUGCUAGUCAGGGGACUUGGAACAGAGAAAGAGGACUCUUGUUUUGAGCUCCUCCACAGAGCUGUUGGACACUUUGAAUUACGAAAAAAUGGCAUCAUGCCCCGAGAGGUGGCCAGAGACCAGCAGCUUUGUGAAAAACUGACUGUUCUGUGCUCAGCCCCAGGAACUCUAAAAACGCUCUCUCGCUAUGCUGUGCGCCGAAGCCUGGGACUCCAGUAUCUUCCAGAGGCAGUGAAGGGCCUUCCACUGCCAGCUUCUUUGAAGGAAUACCUGUUACUUGUAGAAUAACAUGGAAGAGAAGCUUGUACUAUCAUGUAGGCAACUCUGGGUGAGGGUCUCCCCUGCAGUACUGUCUCUUUGCCAUAGAAAACAGAGAAAGCAGCUGUUCCUACUGUGUGGUUUGUAGACUUUGAGGCAACAUGUCAGAACAAUAACUCCCACACCACCUCCCCUCUGCAAACCAACCAACCAACCAACUAAGAAAAACAACAAGAAAAAAUCUCUCACUUUUGUUUUCUGUUUAUUGUUCAUUUAACUUUUUAUAUUGCACCCUGCAAAAGAGAGGUCUCCCCCACUCUCCUCUUUAGGGAAAGACUCAACAGUGCAAUUGAAUUUCUAUAGGAUGAUGACAAGUAUUUAAAGAAUGUGUGUUUGAUUGUCCUU